AUGUCUCACGGAACUCCUCCCGUCACAUACGGUGCUCGUCUUCAGCUACGUCAUGAAAGCACCAAUGCUAUUCUCCGCUCUGAUCCUAUCAACUAUACAACAGGGAGUGGCCAGCAAGAAGUUACAGCCAAUAGAGUUGAAGAUAAGAACUCGUGGUUUAUUGUAAAAGGGCCUAAUUAUUUGGGCGAUGGAUGGCGCCAGCUUAAAGGGACUCAGGUCAUGAAUAAUAGUAUUAUCAGGCUCGAGCAUAUAGAGACUGGAAAAAAUUUACACUCUUCGCCUGGAGUUCCAUCACCAUCAUCUGGACAACAAGAAGUAUCCGCAUAUGGCAACAAUGGAUAUGGAGACGAUAAUGAUGAUUGGAGAAUCGAAACUGACCACGAUGCAGGAACUCCUUGGAUUACAACAUAUCGUACUAGACUAAUUCAUGUCAGGUCUGAAUGCGCUCUGCAUUCUCAUGGGGGGCAUAAUAACCCUAGAGGUCAAGAAGUCACUGGAUAUCGUGAAAGAGAUGAAAAUGACAUUUGGAGAGUUUGGAAUUACAAUGAUAUCAAUCCUUAA